AUGAAGAGAGUUCAAAAGAAGGUUCGAGUAAAGAAGAAUGGGGGAUCGGGAGAGGAGUUGGAUGAAUUUCCUUCUCCAAUUCGAAAGAGAUUUGCUUCUUUGACCAAUAUAUAUGAGAGGCUUGAAGAACAUACACAGAGAAGUGGUGAAGCUCAAGGUCAUGUUGCGGGUGUAGGUGCUUGGUCUAUAGUGUGCAGACAUCACAAAAAUCGUGGAGGUAGAAGAAUCAGGGGUCACCGAGUGGCUAUUCCAGCUUCAUCUCAGUUUGAAAGGAUGCCAAAGGAGCCGAUAGUUGUCGUUUCCUCUUUUGAUCGAGCUCUUCAAGAGAUGGCAGCGAUAGAUGCUUUGGCGGUUGCUGCAGAGAAUAAAGAGAGAUUUCCAAUUUUCUCUCCACAUCCUCACUUUCCCACGGGAACCCUCUCUGACUCAUCUCCUGCUCUCUCCUCUCACCACAGCAGUGGUCUCAAACAAGCUGGUUGGGGGAUUUUGGUUGCAGAAGCACGAACAGUGAAGGAAAUGAGUUGGUCGUCGAGUGAGAACUUUUUUGUGAACUCAAAAUUAGAGGUGUUCUUGGUUGACCUCUGUUAUGAACCAUUGGAAUUCACACAGAGCAAAGAUGUCAUCUACGAUGGGCCGAAGGGUGAUGAUUUCAAGAGGUUCUUGCGUUCUACGAACCUUCGAGUAAACUGUCAGGGAAAGGCUAUUGUAUGCGUCCAAAAGCGUGACGAUGAUGGUGAGUUCCUUGAACAAUAUGAUUCCUUCAUUCUAGAAAAGGUGGUACCCUUGGACCCUUUUGGUUUCUCAAAUGUACUGUUACUAAAGCCGCAAGCGGUGAAUAAAUUGCAAAGCAUCUUGGACAAUACCAAGGCUGAAUUGGCGAAGAAGAAUGAUGAGCUUAAUGAAUUGCAAAACCUCCUGGACAAAACCAAGGUUGAAUUGGCAAAGAAGAAUGAUGAGAUUAAUGAAUUACAAAGCCUCCUGGAUGGUACUGUGGCUGAAUUAGCAAAGAAGAAUGAUGCACUAAAUGAAUUAAAGAAGCAGAAGAUUGAUCAGGACUGGAAUCCUGAAUUGUUCCGACUUUGUAUUGUUGCAAUCACCAACUCAAUGAAGAGAGUGUUUGUUGACUUUGGUCUUGAACCACCAGCAAAUGGAUAUCCGGAGUCUGUGCUGAAGUUUCUCGAGAUGUUACAUGAUUUGAUCCUUCACAAAGAAUUCAGUGCCACUUUCUUAGUAGUUGCGAACAAGAUACUGGCCUCGAUUGCAAGUAUAUUUGAGAAACGCAAUGGCUUACAUAUUGGCAUGGAAACAACAAAUAGUACUCCAGACUCUCUCAUUGACAAUCUAUUUACCUUAAGAGGCUUUAUGGAUACCCACUUCUUCAUUGAUGGCAGUGUUAUUUUCAAGGAUUAUCGUCUGAUGAAGGAGGAUGACCUCCCAGUUAUAUUUCAGGAUCCUGCAACAGAUGUGGCAGAGCUGAAGCAGAAGAAGAUAGGUACGAAAUCUAUCGAUAACAUCGAUGAAAACUCCAUCUUCUAUGGUUAUUUCAAUAUUCCAAUAGUGGGGAUGUUCAAGGGUGUUUUGAGGAGAGUUUAUGUCACCCUACCAGAUGAGAUCAUGGUGAAACUUCAGGUGGGUAGACAUAUCCUUAACAAUAAAAGGUUUUGGUUUGUCAAUGCCAAUGGGGCUUGUAUAUUUGAGAAGGAGCUUUUGAGUCCUGAAUCGACGGAUACCAAUACCUCUAGCUCGAUAAACAACAUAAGCAAUCUAGAAGUUGCCAAAUUUGCCCCUUCUCGGAUCUUAGGUGACCAUAUGGACUUCUUAGGGUUUUUCUGUAGGAUGAAUCAAAUCUUCGUUAAUGAGAAGGGGGUAUAUCUCAAGUUUGAUUUUAUUGGUGGAAAGUAUUCAGGACCACGGGUUUUUCGUGAUAGUACGGUUCGCUAUUAUAGUAAGGAUGGUGGAAUGUUUCACCCUUUUAAGCUAGUGCAAUUUGAUGUGAAUACACCUACGACUGAUAUCGUACAACGAGAAGUUUAUUUACCUGUAGCAAGCUCAAUUUUUGGGGAGGAAUAUCCAUCCUGGAUUGUGAAUGAAGCCUUGGGCAAAGAUUGCGCUUUCACGUUCAGUGACUUUUGUUUUAUGGGGAAAAUAACGAAAGCCUCUGGUACUUUCCGUGAGAAUUCUCUGGUCCAUGUGUUCUUCGAACAAAGCCAACAUGGGGAGAAUUGUUAUGUUGAUGCGCUUGCAACAACUUUCUUUGUUUUAAAAACAAAGAAAGUAAAAUCAUGGGUUAACAUUGAUAAAUCGAUUGCUCCAAAAUUUGGUUAAAAAGACCUAUAGUUUUUAUUUAUUUAUUUUUAAGUAUGUUUAAGUUUUGUUAUAUAAAUAUAUAUGGGUAGACUUUGAAGGAAGCCUAAAUUGACUGGUCUCACCAUUGUGUUGUAUCUUCUUUGGUGGUAUCAGUGUAAUUGUGCUUUAUUAGUGUUGUUAUGUAUGUAUGCAUAUUUGUGUAAUAAUAAAGGAUGUGGUGUCGAUGAUGAUCACAGGAUGAGAUCAAUGACCAAGUUGGGACUUCUAUAUCUA